AUGUCGAGAAAGAAAAAAAAAACAAAGAAAAAUCAAACUCGCAACGAGCAUGACUAUGAGUGGAAAAAAUAUGAAAAAAGGUUCACCUGCGAUGGAUGCAAGGAGGACGGUUAUGGACCAAGAUACAGACAUAAAAAUUCUGACUAUGAGUUACAUAAGGAAUGCCAUACCAAGUCUUCAGAACUCAAAAUUUUCCAUGAAUUUCUCAAAGAACGCAGUACUCUCAAAUUCUACAAAAAACAGAAGCAACCAAGAUGUUGCAUUGCCUGUGGGAGGGACAUAUGUGGCUAUGUCUACUGCGAGAAAGUGAAGGGAUGGAGCUUUCACCCUUGUUGUAGCAAACUCAAACCUGAAUUCACUAAUAACAAAGUGAUAUUCAGACUUCGUGAUAAGGCGUCAUCAAAGUGCAUGUGGUGUAACAAGAAAGGUCAGAAAACCCACGUUUCAGGCUGGUCUUACAUUUCUACUUGUAAGAAGUAUCGCUUUCAUGUAUACUGUAUUCCUGAAAUGAAGCACGAGGCAUGGAAGAAAGGGUAUUCCAUGACAUUAGAGGAGAUGGAUCUAUCACUCCUAGAUGGCCGACGUCGUUCCAAAAAGUAUGGUGGCCGAAAUUUUUUCAAGGAAACAGCAAAGAUAGCUGGCAUACUUUUGGGGGCGGCAGUCGAUCCAUCGGGGAUUAUUGCAGGUGUGGCUCCAAUUGCGGUGGAACUCUUCUCCAACAUAUUUAAUUAG